CUCCUCCUCCUUCUGGGUUGUGCUAUUCUGGUGAUGUCAGCUCUUCUUCUCCCAGACGAGCUGUGGAGGCGAGUCCUAGAAAUCGGGGGGUUGAGCUACAAAGACCUCUGCUGUUUAUCAGUCACCUGCAGACGCCUCCACCGAUUAUCCGAUGAGGAUCAUCUCUGGUCCCACCGCCUCUCCUCCGAUUUCCCUCCUCCUCUUAAUACCUCCUCCUCAUCAGUUUCCUCCUCUAAAUCUCUCUAUAAACUCAGAUUUGAGAGAGAUCGGGACAAGAGAAAGGCGACCCAUCAAAGAGCGGUGUUGAGGAAGGAGAGCCAGAUUGUUGAACAUUCCAGAAAGCUCCGGGAUAUGGAGACCCGACUGGCCCAAGAGACCCACAGAAUGCGAGCUGCUCUCGUUCAACUCUCCGAUUUACACAAGGUCAGUCAAGCUUCAGUAGCAUUGAAUAAUGUGUGGCAGCCAGAGAUAAUUAGGGGUCGACAGAAACAAAUAGUGGAGCAAUGUGUUGUACCAGUUGAGUCUCGGCUCCGUGCCUUUGAAAUGGAGCUUAGGCUUUGCAAGCAGCAGAUUUCAGGGUUAGAAAAGGCGUGUAAAGAUGAGAAGCGACGGCUAUGUUUGGCUGAACAAGAGUUGCAAUCUAUGACAUAUCAACCCUUAUUACGAGAUCAUCAAAAUCUACGGGAUGAUGCCGCUCAACGUACUAGCAAGAGCAAAAGGUUGAAAAGAUUGCAUGGCCAAGGAAGAAAAUCAUAGAUUAACAAUUUCUUCAGAGCUUCAUUGAUGUAUAAGAAUCAUGUGCCUGAACUAUGUAUCUUGAUAAUUGAUGUAAUACUCAUUUGUUCAAUAGGUAU